CACCCCCACCCCCCAAAUAACAACUACACACGUAAGAACUGAGAUGAAAAUUAUUCUUUUGUUUAAUUCGAAGUAUAUUGAAUUAUGUUAUGGCAAUUCCGCUUGCGCGUAAGAACUUGCAUCGUUGAAUCAAUGGAGACGACUGCUUAGUGGUGCUGAUGUGGAAGUGCAAAGAGUAGAAAGUGUCUGAUGGUCUGUCCCGGUUCAGCAAGCGUAUCAAACAUCGUGACUCAGCAAAAAUUAACUUCCUAUCGGGACUUUUGGCGGUAAUAGAAGGCGGCAAUCCAAAAAUAUCCGCCAAAACAAAAAAUUCCACCUCUUAAAAAGCCAAAGAAUAAACUAGGUAUUCACAUCUUCAGAACGACACAAGGAGGCGGUAAGUAGAAGGUUUUCUCCGCAGCUGUUCAAAACACGAAGCAUCCAGAUGGAGCGACUUUGCAUCCCUUUGUGUACCAUGAACAUCUCCAGAAAGAUACUGAAGUAACCGAUCACACUUCUCUUUAUGGUAAUGCUUCACACAUCAACUCACAAUCAUCCAUGUCUACAUCUAACCAAUACGGUCCAUCAAACAUGCCUUUUAGUCCUAAUUUUAUGAUGAAUUCAUCAUUUACUCCUCGAGCUCACUCACCUUUUGGAUAUGGAUUCUCUUUUCAAGAUCUUUUACACUCCCCUAAUAUUCCAUUCGAGAAUCCUGUUACUAAUACAAGCACCGGACUAGAUAAGAGUAACAAGGCCACACAAAAUACGCGUAUCUCUAACACAGUUGGAGGUAGCAAAAAUUGGAGCAAAGAUGAAGAUGUAGCACUAACAAAGGCGUGGCUAUAUAUUUCUGUUGAUGCUUAUGUCGGUAACAAUAAAAAAUUGCUAAAAUGUGGAAUCGUAUACAACAAAUUUGGAGGGAGAAGAUGGGAACUUAUGAUGAGUCGCGCAUUACAAAUAGCUCACAAUGUCGUUGGAAUAAGAUCUUAGCCGCAAUUAAUAAAUUUCAUGCAUUGUAUGAAUGACUACAAAGAAAUCAAAAAAGUGGAGCAAACCAAGAAGAUAUGAGGCGAGAGGCAAUGCGCAUGUGCGAGGAUAUUAAUCAAGGUCAGUCUUUCAAACAUGAGCAUUGUUGGGAGAUCAUGAAAACGAAUGCAAAAUGGUGCACGAAGGAGGUUACUAGGACCAAAGAUUUGUCCGAUCAAAAAGCUACCAAUGCAAGUGGUCAUACCCAAGUAUCAACUCCACCAAUGAGUUCAGGUAAUGAAGACCAAAACUGUAUCAAUCUUGAUGCUACUAGUGAUGGUAAAUGCAGUGAUAUUGAACGCUCUCAAGGACGAAAAUCUACAAAAGAAAAAAAAGGAGGUUGAAUGAUGAAAAAAAUGUCGUUGACGCUUUGAAUAAGUUACACACGAUGUUGGAAAAACAAGUUUCUAUUAAUCAGGAAGAGCUUGAAUUGCGACAAAAGGUAAUGCAAAAAGAGUUGGAAUUUAAGGAAAGAGUUGAAAGGAGAAAAGAACUGAAGUCUAUUUUGAAUCAAGAUGUCAACAAACUUCCCUUUAGCAUGAGAGAGAAAUUUGAGAUGUACUUGGAGUGGACUGCCCCCGGCCUGGAACUGGACCGGCCCGCUACUGUACGGGCUCGGACCAGCCUGGUGAACCGGUUGGUUGCCCGGUUCGGGCUACCCGGCCCGGUGGGAUGGCGGUUCGGGCUCGGGCCCUCCAAAAGGUGAACCGGCCCGGCCGGUUCGGGCCCGGGCCGGGCCAAAUUAUUAUUAAUUUUUUUGAAUUUUUUUUAAGUUUUUGGGUUGGGUAUUUUGGUCCAUUUGAGGUGGUUAUGGUUGGUUUGGGGGUGAGGGGGAGGGUUGGGGGUUAACUAGGAAAAGCCCAAAAAAAAUAGAACCGAGGCCCGGCCCGGCCUGGCCCGGACCCGGGGGUUACCUGGGCAGGUUCCGGGCCUCCCCUUCAUGAACCGAGGCCCGGCCGGGCCUGAACCGGAACCGGUCCAUCCCUAAGAUGUACCAAUCUCAAAUUUUAAAGGAAUGGGAAAAUAAUGGACUAUUUGGUAAUUAUAGAUUUUCCUACCAUUUGUGUUACUUUUAGCAAUACUAGUUAUGGACAAUAAUCUAUUUAAGAACUCACUACUUUUAUAAUGUGUGACAGGUGUGAAUAACAGUUAAUGAAGUUCAGCAGCCAAGUAUUAUAACUCAGUGAAAUACUGUGAAGGCCAUUUGUUUAUUGUUUAUGAUUUUUUGUUUCAUUUGAUAUUCUUGAACACAUCCUUUUAUUUUUUAAAAGUACUUUUGUUUAUGGAACAUUAGACAACAAAUUUGGUUUCUGUUAAGUAUGAUGCAAUCUUCUUUUGAAAAGAUUGUUGCUUUCUUUUAAAAACGAUGGCUCUGCUUUCUAUUAAAAUUGAUCACAACUUUUCUCAU